CUCGUCACAGCUUAAAUAACCACUUGAGCAGCUUUAGAUAGUGAAAGGACAAAGAAAAGUGAUAAGUAACCAACAACAACAGCGUCAAAAGUUGGAAUUUAAAUUAAAUUUGUUAUUUAACAUUGAAAUUUGACACAUGUCGAUGAUGGUGCGGACGUGUGUAGUGCCUGCGAAAAUGUGCGGCGGGCUUUGACACUCUCCACUAACGGGAUAACGCCUUGCCGUAGAAGUGCUAAUCGAACCGUUGUGCAAGGUGUCAAUUUAUAUUGCUUACUUGCAGCUAAAAUACUUGAAAGUGAAUUGUUUGUGACUUUGCCGAAGUGAUUUAUGGCUUUCGCGUUGCGAUGCCUAAGUAGCGUUAUGUUAUGUUAUGUAAACGUUGAAUGUCAAAGCGGAUGCUUCGGCUGUGACGUAGUGUAAGCCAUUGAAGGUCCUUCAAGGCGUCUUUGCCUGGAUGUGUGCAAGGUAAAAAGGCAAAAACAAUGCACGAGGUGUAUAUGGCCCAGCCGUGCGCGGUCGCCCAAAAGCAUAGCACAGUGUUAUAAAUAUCCGAGUCGAUUAUCGCCACUGCAGAGUGCUAAUGUGUGCCGUUCUGACGCUAAAACCAUAAAGAACCGUUCGAAAAUAAAAAACAAAAACAAAAAGUAAAACAAAGAAACGCUAAGCACACAUGAGCACACACAGGCAUUUACUUCAAACACAUUAACGAGCGGAUAAUGUGCGAAGCCGCGUUGAUGGUUGUGUAAUCACAGGGUGGCAGCGACACGCCUAACACAAAACUGCUUGAUACAGCGUCUGUCGGGGCGCCAAAGAUGAUUAUAUUAUAAACUUUUCAAUUUCGACAUUUAACGGUGCCCUUGAAAACGCUGCAUACAAUUUAGCAAAGUGCGUGCGUGUGUUUGACACAUAUUGAUGUGAUAUAACGGUUAAUGGUAGUGAUAUUAAAAUGAAAUAUAAAAUAGUUUUACGCCUUUCAAAUGUGAAGCAAGCAGACUGCUUCACUCGCGAAGGUUAAAUAACGUUAUUCGGCGGUAAAGAGAGGAAACGGAGCGGAAGUAGAGGUCAAAUAUUGGUGGAAGCUGCAGCAAAGACUUAUCGCGUGUGAAUUCUGUGAUCGUUCUACAACUAAAGUCUGCUAAUGCCCAGCUCGCUUUACUUCCACUACGUUUGGCGCUUAAAAGUGCUUUUUAACUGACUUAGCAUUCAAAAUCGAAAUAUUUGCCUUCGAAGUUCGAAAUAAGGCUUAUUGAAUACAUCUAAUGUCAACAGUUGCUUAAAAAUAAAGGUAUGACAAAUGAAUUACAAAUACUUUCAGGGCAACAGCUUCCUGAAGUACACCCAGUAACUCAAACCCACGCUCAGGACCUAAUAAUGAAACAAACGUAUCGAAAUAGCAAAAUCUAUAAUUAAGUAAUUACUAAAAUUUAAAAACAUCGAUAUGAAAUAUAAAUCUCCAAAGUGAACAACAACAAGAAGCUAGUGGAUUAACAGGCAUUCCAAAUGGCCAACGAGGCAACUGUGCGGUUUCGCACGCCCAAGCAGCACAGUGCACUUGGCGGCUAGCCAGUCCGCUGACGGUCAUGGUCUCGGUCGCAAGCUUAGCCUUCCGGUGAACGUUCGUACACUGGACAGAUAGGACACACACCGCUCUAGAGAGCUUCAAUGAUUGUUAGAUAAGUUUCUAUGCCAAAAAGAAAGCAAUAAAAUUAACACAUACAUACGAACAUACGUCUAAAAUAGUGACAAAUGUGAAAAGUGAAAUAAACAAACAACAACAAUUAUAAAAACUGUGAGCAACAAAGAAAACAGCGAAAUAUAGCAACCAGAAACGGUGCAGGGAACCGUAGUAUUUAGAAAUUCCACCGGGAAUGAGGAUCCAAACGAGGUUUACUUGGAUUCGGAAAUGGAAAAAGUUUUCGCCGGUCCAAGUGCCCAUAAGGAAAAGUUCGAUGUAACGACAUUUCAGGACGCAAAUCAGCCGAUCGGAUCGUAUAAGCAGAGCAACGUGCAUCGUAAAAGUGAGCUGAACAUUGAAGAAGACUCUGAAUAUGAGAGUACAACAGAUCCCGUUAAUACACAAAACUAUGAUGACCUACCCGAGGACUACCCACUAGUAUCAGAACGCGCUGGACACGGUGACCACUCGGAUAACUCUGCCGAGGAGAAGCAGGUGCACUUCGGAAAGAAAAAGGCUGUCGUAACACCGCCCACUUUAGUAUACGAUGAACAACCCGCUGACAAUAUACACGAACGCAAACGACGAAGAAGCCGCCAUCAGUAUUAUAGACAACGUAAAUUUUCCCAUCAAGACAGCGUGGAAACCAAAAAGGUGGUCGAGGAGAAUGGCGAGGCCGGUGUCCGCAAGGUAUCCGUGCAACCGGAGGAUACCACAUUAGAGGUAACCAAACGCGAGGCCGAUCUCAAUGAGUUGAGGUCCCAUCGUUCCGAUGAUCCGCGUGCGCUUAGACGUCACAAAAUCCAUCAUUCAUCAAUCAAGUUGCGCGAGUUGCCGCAAAUCAGUGUGGCGGGCUUGCAGCUGAAGAAAGUCUACGACCAUAGUCCGCACGAGAUAUUUGUGCAACUCGAUGAACUUACUGGCUUAGGCGAGGAACGCGAAUGGAAGGAAACAGCGCGUUGGAUCAAGUACGAGGAAGAUGUUGAGGAGGGCUCCGAUCGCUGGGGCAAACCGCACGUUGCUUCACUCUCUUUCCACUCGCUGCUCAAUUUACGUCGCUGCCUCGAAACGGGUGUCGUGCUACUGGAUUUGAAUGAGAAGGACCUGCCGGCUGUGGCAUACCGCGUUGUGGAGCAGAUGGUCGUUGAAGAUCUAAUCAAUGCCGAAGACAAACCGGCGCUUAUGCGCUCAUUGCUGCUGCGUCACCGACACGUGAACGAGCACCAGAGCGGCUUUCCGUUUACGAAGCGGAAAUAUAGCAGCUACACGAGUCUACAGUUGCUUUGGAUGGGCGGCGAAAUUCAGCAGCACCUUCAUCAGCAACAACAAUUGGCAUUACAACAACAUCUUAGCAACGUUGAGAAUGCCAAAAAGCGACGGUCCGUAUGCGAGACCCUCAGUGCACCGCCCACAUCCAUUUCACCUUACAGCGAACCGAGCAACGGUACCAACAGACGGCACUCCACCAUGUCUUACUUGGGAAACCUCUCUGGGGAAGACAAGCGGCCCAGAAUAAUGCCGGCAACUGAAAUUGGUGGCAGCAAACGCAGCAAUGAGUUGAAGAUUGACAUGAGAGACGACUUGUAUUCUUCGUCGCAGGAGAAUCUGCAGAAGCUGCAAAACGACAGCAUUCUUAAGCGCAUACCUGUGGGUGCUGAAGCAACAACGGUGUUGGUGGGUGCAGUGGACUUUCUGCAACAACCAACCAUCGCAUUUGUGCGUCUAGCAGAGGGUGUGCUUAUGCCUACCUUAACAGAGGUAGCCGUGCCGGUACGUUUUAUGUUCAUACUCAUGGGCCCGCCGACCCUCGACUUGGACUAUCAUGAAGUGGGUCGAUCCAUUGCUACGCUAAUGGCGAACGAACCAUUCCAUGCUAUAGCAUACAAGGCAGAUGAUCGUAAGGAUCUGCUUUCGGCUAUCAAUGAGUUCUUGGAUGAUUCCAUUGUGCUGCCUCCGGGUAAUUGGGAGCGUCAAGAUCUCUUGCCAUUUGAGGAAUUGAAAGCGAAGAAGGACUGGAUUCGCUCGCGCAAGCGAAAGGCGCUCGAGGUUAAGAAUGAAAUGAAGGAGAAGAUAAAAGAAGAAGCUAAAGUAAUUGUUGAGAAGAAACCGGAAUUGGAAAGUGGUGAUGGAAAGAAGAAAAUUAAUCCGUUAGAAAAAACGCACAAAUGGUGGGGUGGUCUGCGCAAUGACCUUAAGCGCCGUCUGCCCAUGUACAAGAGCGACAUCACCGAUGGUCUGAACUCGCAAACACUGGCCGCCACGAUCUUCAUGUACUUUGCUUGCCUCUCGACCGCAAUCACCUUCGGUGGUUUGGCCUCCGAAAAGACUGGCAAUCUGAUUGGCAUUUCAGAGACCUUGUUGAGCACAGCACUCUGUGGCAUAAUUUUCCACACGAUUUCUGGACAACCGCUUGGUAUUAUCGGUACUACUGGCCCUUUGCUGCUCUUUGACGAAGCGUUGAUAAACUUUUGUCGCGAGAACAAUUUGCCCUUCCUCACCAUACGCGCCUACAUCGGUGUUUGGUUGGCCGUCAUCGCUACCACGCUGUCUGCGUUCGAGUGCAGCGUUUAUGUGCGACUGUUUACCCGUUUCACACAGGAAAUUUUCUCCGCAUUGAUCACAUUGAUCUACAUCUAUGAGACAUUGAUGAAAUUAGUUUCGGUGUAUAAGAAGAACCCGCUGUUGGCCGACUAUAAUUUUCCACCAGCAACACUAGCACCGCAACUACAGAGUUUUGAUAAUACAACGAUGGAUAGUUUGGGUAAUGUAACGGCCGAUGUUUCGGUCUCGAACACUACAUCCAGCAUUGGUUUAGUGUCGAACAUCGUAUCCCAUACGAAUAUGCCAAACACAGCGCUUUUCUGCACGAUACUCACCUUGGGCACCUUCACGAUCGCCUACUAUCUGAAACUCUUCCGUAAUUCCCAUUUCCUGGGACGAAAUGCUCGCCGUGCGCUGGGUGACUUUGGUGUGCCGAUCGCCAUAGCGAUUUUCGUAUUGAUUGACUAUCUCAUACCACAAGUGUACACAGACAAGCUUAGCGUGCCAGAGGGUAUUUCACCCAGUGAUCCGGAAGUGCGCGGUUGGUUGGUGCCCCUGGGAGGUAUGCCCGUUUGGGCACCCUUUGCCUGUGGCAUACCCGCCAUUUUGGUAUACAUUCUCAUCUUCAUGGAGUCGCAUAUUUCGGAAUUGAUUGUCGAUAAGCCGGAGCGUGGUCUGAAGAAGGGCUCCGGACUGCAUUUGGAUAUUGUGAUAUUAGGUUUUUUGAAUACAUGUUGCGGCCUCUUCGGCACGCCAUGGCAUUGUGCAGCUACCGUGCGUUCAGUAACACACGUCUCUGCUCUAACGGUGAUGUCAAGAACGCACGCGCCUGGUGAGACGCCACGCAUCAUCGAUGUGAAAGAGCAACGUGUCUCUGGCUUCUUCGUGGCGCUCUUAAUCGGCCUAUCCGUGACAAUGGCACCCUUGCUGCGUUUGGUACCCAUGGCGGUGCUAUUCGGUGUUUUCCUAUACAUGGGUAUCGCUUCAAUGAGUGGCGUACAAUUCUUCGACAGAAUGGGCUUAUACUUUAUGCCUGUAAAGCACUACCCGCCCACACCGUUUGUGAAGCGCGUGCCCACUUGGAAAAUGCACAUGUUCACCACAAUACAAUUGCUCUGUCUUACUUUACUCUGGGCUGUGAAAUCGUCCAAAAUAUCAUUGGCUUUCCCCUUCUUUUUGAUUUUGAUGGUGCCCAUAAGGCAGCGACUUGCCAUGCUCUACACGCCAGAACAACUGCAAGCGCUCGACGGCAGCGAAGCCAAGGAUGAGGACGAACCCGAUUUCUACGAAGAAGCAACCAUUCCGGCAUAAGGAAGCACGUGUACAUAUGAGGAGCUGUAUUAGAAGCAAAAAUUAAAUAGAUUUGAAAAGAUUUAUAAAUAGAAAAAUUUUAGGAUAAUGUGUUUUUAUAAACCCUUUCAAAUUUAUUUAGUUUCUUGUGAAGAGCCGCCCUAACUUAGAAACCUGCAUAACUGUAAUUGAAGGAAUUGCCUGUACUUAAGCAUAAACUUAUACACUUAAGUGCUUUAUAAAAUAUUUUAUUGUUCAUAAAGUCAUUUAAUUUUUACACAUUCUAUUUUACGAAUCUUUUGCUAGUUGAAUUCGUUUUCAUUUUUGAAGCUAGAAUUGAAGCGUUGCAUUGAUGAAUGUUAAAGGAACCACAACUAAGAAAGAAACAAAGUAUUUUUCUACCCUAACGCUGUAUAAAUGAAACAAAAACAAAAACGUACUUACUUUAUUUGUAUAAAGAGCAAUUUGUAUGCUAUAUGUGUAUGUAUAUGUUAAAACUAAAAAAAAAAGCUAAACGAUUGAUGAAAAAUGGCGUGGCGCGUCCACGAUUAAAGUAUUAUCUUGCAAAAUCAAAAUUACUGAUAACUGUAUAUGUACAUAUAUAUGGUAAUUAGUUGAAGGUAUUGCAAUUUUAUUAGAUAUUAGUCUAGAAACAUUAAAUAAAUUAUUGUCGCAAAUCGCCAGCCAAGUUGUGUAUAAGAAGUGGUCCAAACAAAUUUGAAUUACCAAUUUUAAUGAUGUAUUACUAAUUGUUAUCGAAAUGCACUCUUAGCGAAACCAAAAUAGUUCAUACUUAAUGGAACCACUGAAUGUCUCCUACUUAAUGACUACUUAAUUAAUUUUUAUUGAACUUAAUUAAUUAGGAAAACAUAGCUGUGUGUGCAUUAUCUAUAAUUAGUGAUUUACAGAUUACACAGAAAAAAUAAAUAAAAAUAAAAAAUAAAAAAAGAA